CCCCAGCCCGGGGCAGGCAGGGUCUCAGCCCCGCGGAAAGUUUUCUGCGCCGGGAGGAAGUUAGAAGUUUGGGGUUUCUGAGAAAGCAGCUCCUGUGGCUGCGGGGGUCUGGGUGGCCAUGGAGGAACCCCCUUUGCGAGAGGAGGAGGAAGAAGAGGAGGAGGAAGGGGACGAGGCUGGGCCCGAGGGGGCUUUGGGCAAGAGCCCCUUCCAGCUGACCGCCGAGGACGUGUAUGACAUCUCCUACGUGAUGGGCCGCGAGUUGAUGGCCCUGGGCAGCGACCCCCGGGUGACACAGCUGCAGUUCAAGAUCGUCCGCGUCCUGGAGAUGCUGGAGACGCUGGUGAAUGAGGGUAACCUGACGGUGGAGGAGCUGAGGAUGGAGAGGGACAACCUCAGGAAGGAGGUGGAGGGGCUGCGGACAGAGGGCUCGGCGGCCGGCCGGGAGGUGAACCUGGGACCAGACAAAAUGGUGGUUGACCUGACAGACCCCAACCGACCCCGCUUCACUCUCCAGGAGCUGCGGGAUGUGCUCCAGGAGCGCAACAAGCUCAAGUCCCAGCUGCUGGUGGUGCAGGAGGAGCUGCAGUGCUAUAAGAGUGGUCUGAUUCCACCAAGAGAAGGCCCAGGAGGAAGAAGAGAAAAAGAUGCCCUUGUCGCCAGGACCAGCAAGGCCAGCAGUAACAAAGAGGAGAAGACAAUCAUAAGGAAGCUGUUCUCUUUCCGAUCGGGGAAACAGAUGUAGACCGAAAGGCACGAUUAUGAGGUUCUUGGACUCAAGAAGGCGAUGCACCAAGACUUCCAAAUUCAUCUCUCAGUGCCACACAUACUCACUACACUUGCUCACCUGUUUUCCCUGAAAGCCACCAAGGAGGAAGGAGGUGAGGCUCUCUCGUGAUCAUUUUUUCCCCAGGCCACAGAGCUGGACUCCCCUGAAGGCUUGGCUAGGGCCGGGGAAGUGGCACAAAGAAAUCGAGACAGCAGAAGGAAAGCAAAAUGAGGCCCACUUCCUGCUGCACGCCAGCUGCUGGGAGGGGCCUCUGGCAUGCAGAUGUGUGUUCUGCUUGUCUGGUCUCACAGAUGACCUGGGUCUUUAGCAGCAGCAAAUUUCCUGAGCCCAAAGGGAAUGAGGAGGAGAGAAUCCAGGAAAAAAUUGUAUCAACAUUCCGGGGAUGAUUUCACGGAUACUUAAUGAACAUUCGAUUUUGCUAACAUUUCUUUACAUGAUUUUGUAUUAAAGUGAAAUGACUUUUAUACUUUG